UCCUGUCAGAUCACUUAUCCAAUUCCGAUUGGUCUCCAAACAAUGGAAGUCUCUCAUCGAUAGCUCUGAUUUCAUUUCUCAUUACAGCAGCCAACAACAACAUCUACUUACAAGGUUUUGGGGUUUGUCGUGAGACGGCUGAUCCUAAGAUUGUCAAGAUUACGUGUAAGGAUGACAGGGAGGAUGUGGAAAGUGUAGUUGAGGUUUUUACGUUAAGCUCACGGGCUUGGAGAAACCCGGGUACUAAUCUCCCUCGUAAGACGAUUAAAUUAGGGUUAUUCGGGUCACAGGUUGUAGACGGGUGUCUUUACUGGCUUGCUACGGAUAGGAUUACUACGGAUGGUGGAUUUAGUUUUUCUAAUAUUAUUAUCUCAUUUGACAUGACAAGUGAAGAGUUUAGAGAAGUAAACCUCCCCGAUGACUUAUCCCGCUUGCGUGGUACUAAGUUGUCUUUGUCUAAGGUACGCGAGUCUCUUGUUGUGGUUGAAGACGUUGGACAUGGUGUAGAGGCUAUAUGGAUGAUGGACGAUGGUGUUUCAAAAUCGUUUACAAAGCUAUUCACUGUUAAUUUUAACACACCACCCGCACAAGUAAGGCGGUUUAGGGGAUUUAGGAAGACAGGUGAACCUAUAAUUGAAGUUGUUCAACACAAUCUUCAUGGACAACUUGUUGUUUAUGAGCCCGACUCAGAACACGUUGAUGAACUUGAGAUUGAUGGAAAAAAGUUCUCGUUUUCUGUGUUUUCCUACGUAGAAACACUACUUCUGCUUGAUCAACCAAAUCUUAUAAUUAGAUAAUGACAGCAAGUAACAUGAACUUCCUCUUUUUCUUUACAAUCGAUUUCUGUAUAUUGUGUCUUACUAUAAACUCUCAAGUGCAUUUGCUUUUUACAUUAUGUUGACUUUAUCCAGACUUUGACUUUUG